AUGUCAAAAAUUCCUACUAAUCCAUUUGGGUUUUCUGAUGGUCCUUCGGUGCUUCCUUCAUUCGGCGGGCUAACCACAAUCUCAUUAGAAAAUCCAGCAACCGAGUAUGGACUUAGAAUGACCAAAGCUAUGGCUGGAUCUUGGCUCAGUGGAUUUUGGAAAAGACUGAAUUAUUACUUUGAUGUAACAAACUCUUACGUGCUGAAAAAGCUUAAACUGAUUUUGUUUCCUUAUUUAUCAAAUGGAGACUGGACUCAAGAGCUGGAUGAUGACGGAUUGCCGGCGACACCUAGAAAAAAUCAGCAUGCGCCAGAUCUCUAUAUACCUUUGAUGGCUUAUAUUACGUUCAUUUUGAUUGUAGGCGUCAAUUCUGGGAUGAAAGGACAGUUUUCACCAGAAGUGUUAGGACUGGCAGCAAGCUCUGGGAUUAUUUUUGUAUUUUUGGAAAUUUUAUUGAUUUAUUGUGGAUUUUAUUUCUUGCAAAGUGCAUUGCCAGCGCCUAUUGAUUUAAUAGCAUAUUGUGGAUAUAAAUUUGUGCCGUGUACUGUAAAUCUUAUGGCUACUAUGAUAUUUGGAGGUGAAAGCUAUUAUCCAGCAUUUUGCUAUACUGGGGUGUGUUUAGGGGUUUUUAUGGUAAUUUAUAUUUAGACCAAGACGUUGAAAAGAUACACAGUUCAAAACACUUUUUCAGAGUAUAUGGACGCAAGUAGUGUCACAAAUCAAUCCUUCCUUUACUUUAUUGCACUGCUUCAAUUUCCAAUAGUUUUCUUCUUGGGUUUUUAUUAA